AGCUCUGUACCAUGGAGUGUGGUAGCCAUGGAGUCUGCUCAAGGGGAAUUUGCCAAUGUGAAGAAGGCUGGGUAGGACCAACCUGUGAGGAACGCUCCUGUCAUUCUCACUGUGCUGAGCAUGGCCAAUGCAAAGAUGGGAAAUGUGAGUGUAGCCCUGGAUGGGAGGGCGACCACUGCACAAUUGCUCACUACUUAGAUGCUGUCCGAGAUGGCUGCCCAGGACUCUGCUUUGGAAAUGGACGAUGUACCCUGGAUCAAAAUGGUUGGCACUGUGUGUGUCAGGUGGGUUGGAGUGGGACAGGCUGCAAUGUUGUCAUGGAAAUGCUUUGUGGAGAUAACUUGGACAAUGAUGGAGAUGGUUUAACAGACUGUGUGGACCCUGAUUGUUGUCAACAAAGCAACUGUUAUGUAAGUCCUCUCUGUCAGGGUUCACCAGAUCCUCUUGACCUUAUUCAGCAAAGCCAACCCCUCUUCUCUCAGCACACUUCACGACUCUUCUAUGAUCGAAUCAAAUUCCUCAUUGGCAAGGACAGUACUCAUGUCAUUCCUCCAGAGAUCUCAUUCGACAGCAGGCGUGCCUGUGUGAUUCGAGGCCAAGUGGUGGCCGUAGAUGGAACCCCUUUAGUAGGGGUCAAUGUCAGUUUCUUGCACCACAGCGAUUAUGGAUUUACCAUCAGCCGGCAAGAUGGAAGCUUUGACCUUGUAGCCAUCGGCGGUAUCUCUGUCAUUUUAAUCUUUGACCGAUCACCUUUCCUGUCUGAGAAAAGGACACUCUGGUUGCCCUGGAAUCAGUUUAUUGUGGUGGAGAAAGUAAUCAUGCAGAGAGGUGUAUCAGACCCACCAUCUUGCGAUAUCUCCAACUUUAUCAGCCCAAACCCUAUUGUGCUUCCUUCACCACUCACAUUGUUUGGAGGGUCCUGUCCAGAGAGGGGAACUAUUGUUCCUGAGCUGCAGGUUGUACAGGAGGAAAUCCCUAUUCCUUCUAGCUUUGUGAGGCUGAGUUACCUAAGCAGCCGCACCCCUGGGUAUAAAACCUUGCUACGGAUCCUUCUGACACAUUCAACAAUUCCUGUGGGGAUGAUAAAAGUACACCUCACCGUAGCUGUGGAAGGGCGACUCACACAGAAGUGGUUUCCUGCUGGAAUUAAUCUUGUUUACACAUUUGCCUGGAACAAGACCGACAUCUAUGGACAGAAGGUUUGGGGACUGUCAGAGGCUUUGGUGUCUGUGGGAUAUGAAUAUGAGAUGUGCCCUGACUUUAUUCUCUGGGAGCAAAGGACGGUUGUUUUACAAGGUUUUGAGAUGGAUGCUUCUAACCUAGGAGGCUGGUCCUUGAAUAAGCAUCACAUUUUGAAUCCUCAAAGUGGAAUCAUACACAAAGGAAAUGGAGAAAAUAUGUUCAUUUCGCAGCAACCCCCAGUCAUAUCAACCAUAAUGGGUAAUGGACACCAAAGGAGUGUAGCCUGCACCAACUGCAAUGGCCCAGCCUACAACAACAAACUGUUUGCUCCUGUCGCCUUAGCUUCUGGCCCUGAUGGCAGUGUGUAUGUUGGUGACUUCAAUUUUGUAAGGCGAAUAUUUCCCUCAGGAAACUCCGUUAGUAUUUUGGAAUUAAGAAACAGAGAUACCAGACAUAGCACAAGUCCUGCUCACAAAUACUAUCUGGCUAUGGACCCUGUAUCUGAAUCACUCUAUCUGUCAGACACCAAUACACGAAAAGUCUACAAGUUGAAAUCUCUUGUGGAAACAAAAGAUCUGUCCAAGAAUUUUGAAGUGGUGGCAGGAACAGGUGAUCAGUGCCUUCCCUUUGACCAGAGUCACUGUGGAGAUGGUGGAAGAGCAUCAGAAGCUUCACUGAACAGCCCUCGAGGCAUCACAGUUGAUAAGCAUGGAUUCAUUUACUUUGUGGAUGGGACUAUGAUUCGCAGAAUUGAUGAGAAUGCUGUGAUCACAACUAUAAUCGGCUCAAACGGUCUGACUUCCACACAGCCACUGAGCUGUGACUCAGGAAUGGACAUCACUCAGGUGCGAUUAGAAUGGCCAACAGACCUUGCAGUCAAUCCCAUGGACAAUUCAUUAUAUGUCUUGGAUAACAACAUUGUGCUGCAAAUUUCUGAGAACAGGCGUGUGCGGAUCAUUGCAGGGCGCCCCAUUCACUGCCAGGUGCCAGGCAUAGAUCAUUUCUUGGUCAGCAAGGUAGCAAUUCACUCCACACUGGAGUCGGCGAGGGCCAUCGGCGUCUCCCACAGCGGGCUGCUCUUCAUAGCUGAAACAGACGAGAGGAAAGUAAACCGCAUUCAGCAAGUGACCACCAACGGGGAGAUCUCCAUCAUCGCUGGUGCCCCCACUGACUGUGACUGCAAAAUUGAUCCCAACUGUGACUGUUUUUCAGGUGAUGGUGGCUAUGCCAAAGAUGCAAAGAUGAAAGCCCCUUCCUCCUUAGCAGUGUCACCUGAUGGUACCCUCUAUGUGGCAGACCUUGGGAACAUUCGAAUUCGUACCAUCAGCAGGAACCAAGCCCACUUGAAUGACAUGAACCUUUAUGAGAUUGCCUCACCUGCUGAUCAGGAACUGUACCAGUUCACUGUCAAUGGAACCCACCUGCACACCCUGAACUUGAUAACGAGGGACUAUGUGUACAACUUCACCUACAAUGCCGAAGGGGAGUUGGGCGCAAUUACCAGCAGCAAUGGCAAUUCGGUGCACAUUCGCCGUGAUGCAGGCGGUAUGCCCCUUUGGCUUGUGGUGCCUGGUGGGCAGGUGUAUUGGCUGACCAUAAGCAGCAAUGGAGUCCUAAAGAGAGUGUCAGCCCAAGGCUAUAAUCUGGCCUUGAUGACAUAUCCUGGAAACACAGGACUUCUGGCUACCAAAAGUAAUGAAAAUGGUUGGACAACCGUUUACGAGUAAGUUUCUAAUUCUCAAUAUAGGCUUUGAAAUUGUAUUGCGUGUGA